CUUUCGGAGGUCUAUGGGUGGGCUAACACAAAUUGGUUCCGGAAACAGAGAAGCAAUGGACUUUGAGAAGAGGAAGGCAGCAACAUUAGCUUCUCUAAGCUCAGUGGAAGCUGACAAAUCACCAAAAGGCUCGUUGGACGCACCAAUCAUCCCUCUCCUGAACACCAUCAAUCAACACCCUUGUUUCUACACUACCAGUUCAUGCUCUGGCCGAAUUUCUAUCCUUUCGCAACCUUUAUUGAAGCCCACCAUUGAUGCGCAGAAACCCAAGAAAAAAGCUAGAGGAGGUUCUUGGCUCUUCGUCUCCCACGACCCUGCCGAUCCCGAUUCAGUCCUCAGCCUCCUUUUCCCCUCCAAGCUAACUCCAUCUUCUGUUUCGACUGAGCCGUCUGAACUUGUCUUCAGAUUCGAGCCCCUCAUCAUUGCUGUCGAGUGCAAAGAUCUCUCUUCGGCUCAGUCGCUUGUUUCUUUGGCCAUAUCUUGCGGGUUCAGAGAGUCGGGCAUUGCUAAUGCUAACAAGCGUGUGAUUAUAGCAAUUCGGUGUUCGAUAAGAUUAGAGGUGCCUCUCGGGGAUACUCAGAAGAUUAUGGUGCCGCCCGAGUAUGUUCGGUACCUUGUUGAAGUCGCAAACGAGAAAAUGGAAGCGAAUAGGAAGAGAACCGAAAGGUUUUUUGGAUUGUUGCAGUCCAACGGCUUUGUAGAAUCUAUGACUGCCGAUAAUAGUAAUAAUAUAUCUAUAAACGAAUCAAGGAAUCCUUCUGAUGUUUCCGUGCAGGGAGAAGGUCUUGCUUGUGAUAAUGUUCAAGUUGGAGAUGAUGAUGAGUUGGAAAAGAGGAAUGGUGAAACCUCUUCAGGGCUUGUGGAUUUUCCUGGUUUUAGUCUGCGGAUUGUCCAUAUUGAAAUUGUAGGUGAACCAGUGGAAAAGCUUUUCCUUUGGGGUCAUUCUGCUUGCGCAUUGGAUUAUGCUAGCCACAACAAAGUAUUUGUGUUUGGCGGCUUUGGAGGCAUGGGGAGACAUGCAAAAAGAAAUGAUUUAUUGAUGCUUGAUCCAUAUUCUGGUACUCUGCAAACAAUCAGAACUGUUGGUGAUUUAUCUUCACGCCUAGGCCAUACAUCUUCCCUAGUUGGAGAUUACAUGUUCUUGAUUGGCGGUCGUACUGGCCCUGAUAAGAUUCUUGGUGAAGUUUGGGUCCUUGACACAGCUAAGAAUUGUUGGAAGUUAAUGCAAUGUGGAGGUAGUGACUUUCUUCCCAGGCAUCGUCAUGCUGCUGCUGCUGUGGGCUCAAAUAUUUAUGUAUUUGGGGGACUGGAUAAUGAUAAUAUCUUUUCCUCCUUUUAUAUUCUUGACACAAUCAACUUAAUCUGGAAAAAGGUGCCAGUUUCAGGGGACUGGCCAUGUGCUCGUCAUUCUCAUUCAAUGGUGGCGCAUGGUUCUCAGAUCUUCAUGUUUGGUGGAUACGAUGGUACAAAAGCACUUGAUGAUCUGUAUAGCUUUGAUAUUCGGAAGGGUCAAUGGAAGAAGGAAAAGACAGCUGGAAGGAAUCCCCAUGCUAGGUUUUCCCACUCAAUGUUUGCCUAUAAAAAUUAUCUUGGAGUUAUUGGUGGUUGUCCAAUUAGACAACAUUUUCAAGAGUUGGCUUUACUUGAUUUGCAGCUUCGUCAAUGGAAGCAUGUAAUCCUUAAUUCUGUUGGCAAAGAUUUAUUUGUGCGCAGUACAGCUUGUGUCAUUGGUGAUGACCUUGUUAUGGUUGGUGGUGGUGCAUCUUGCUAUGCAUUUGGAACCAAAUUUAGUGAGCCAGCAAAAGUUAGUUUGCUCCAUUUAAUGCCUUCUUAUGAUGAUCAUGUACAUGUUAAAAAUAAAACAAAGCAUAUGAGUAAUCUAAAUGAUGGGGAAAAUAAGACUAGGAUUCAAAAUCUUGAACAACCACAACUUGAGCGUGUACCGGAUAUAGGUGACCAUGGUGACAUGUGUCUUGAUGGUGAAUCACAUGUCACGAAUGACCAAUUUCAGAUGGCUACAUCACAUUAUGCUCUGAAGCUAGACAAGAGAUAUGCAAAAUUAGGAAAGGAUAUAUUGAAGAAAUUUGGAUGGUUAGACUUUGGCAGGAAAGCAUACUCACAGGAGGAUGGGUUACAUAUCUGUUUUCCUGUAGUUAAUGAUUUUUUUCAUAUAUUUCACGAAAGGAAGACUCAUUCAGGAGACACAACUGAAGGAAAAAAUGAAGUCGACUUCUCCAAGCCAUCUAAAGGAAAUGGAUACCUGUUAAAUGACUUAUCUGGUCCAAAAGCCUUGAGUCUUUUACAUGAAUAUGGUGCAAAUGUACAGGAAGAUGAUGUUGCUGAAGUCAGAAAAGCUGCAAAAACUCCUUUGGAAGUGAUGACUGAAGCAAUAACGACUUUGAUUGAGCAUAACGGCCUACCUACACGGCUGCUAGAGGAAUUGCCAGCAAGGUGGGGUCGACUUGGAGAUAUUGUUGUACUUCCAACUACUUCUUUCAAAGAUCCAAUGUGGAACUCCAUCACAGAAGAGCUUUGGCUCACUGUUAGCGAAUCACUUAAGGCUAAUCGACUCGCUCGCCAGGGCCCAGUUGCAGCAAAUGGUACUAGAGAUAGCACGCUGCAGAUUCUUGUCGGAGAUAAUGGAUGGGUUGACCAUCGAGAAAAUGGAAUACUCUAUUCUUUUGAUGCUAGCAAGUGCAUGUUCUCAUGGGGAAAUCUUUCUGAGAAGCUUCGGAUGGCCCAACUAGAUUGUCAGGAUGAGAUUAUAGUAGAUCUGUUUGCAGGCAUUGGAUACUUUGCGCUGCCAUUUCUUGUCAGGGCCAAGGCAAAAUUUGUAUAUGCUUGUGAGUGGAAUCCCCAUGCCAUAGAGGCACUCCAACAUAAUCUGAAAGCGAAUUCUGUGACUGACCGAUGUCUCAUUCUUCAAGGAGAUAAUCGAAGUUUGGCUCCCAAAGGUGUUGCUGAUAGAGUUUGUCUGGGUCUCCUUCCAUCUAGUGAGUGUAGUUGGGUCACAGCAGUGAGGGCCUUGAGGAGAGAAGGUGGAGUACUACAUGUGCAUGGAAAUGCGAAGGACUCAGAGGAAGGCCAGUGGACCGAACACGUGUUGAAGUCAAUACAUGAAAUUGCUAGAUCUGAAGGUUAUUGUUGGGAAGUUUCUAUAGAACAUGUGGAGAGGGUUAAAUGGUAUGCUCCACACAUUCGCCACCUUGUUGCAGAUGUGAGAUGCAGACAGACCCAGAGAUAGCGAAUGGACUAUCAUUCGAGUAUAUGAUUAAUAUAUGGAAGCCAACUUAUUCAGAAGUCUUUAGAUAUACCAUCUUCACCUAGAGCCUUUGCUGAUCUACUUUGAUGCUAGCUCACACUUUAAAUGCCUAAUCUGAAUCAUGAAAGUCCUCAGAAUGCUGUGGAACAAGUAAAUGAGUUGAAUUAAUUGAACUGAUAAGUGUUGCAGAUGGGUAAGAAUGGGGAAUGAUGAGUGGAAAAGGACGGGACAUUAUUUACAGCUCAUAUCAUUUAUAAUAAUUUGCUCUUUAAACCUUUA